AUGGAUAUACGGUUGUUGAACACCACUACUGGAAGAUUCCACGUCGCCGACGAUCCCCGCGAGGUUCAUUACGCCAUACUCUCGCACGUAUGGGCAAGACCACCCGACCUUCGUGACCCGGAGCUCACCUACCAGGACGUUCUUCGGAUACACGACACUCACACCCCCGAGCAGAACCCCUCAAACCCUCAUCAAGUCGUCUCCUAUAUCCCUCAGUUCCCCGAGAAGAUCAGAAAGUUCUGCGACAUCGCGAGGGAACACGGAUACGACUAUGCGUGGGCUGACGCUUGUUGUAUCGACAAGACAAGCAGCUCCGAGCUAUCACAAGCCAUCAAUGCCAUGUACGACUGGUAUCGUUACGCUGACGCCUGCUACGUAUUCCUCCACGACGUCCCUACUCCUUCGACGCCCAGUACGGCGCUUGACACCCACAGGAGUCGUUUCCGCACCAGCGUAUGGUUCAAACGAGGCUGGACGUUGCAAGAGCUCCUCGCCCCGGACGUCGUUGUUUUUCUCUCCGAAGUGUGGGAAGUCAUAGGUACGAAGCACACGCUCGCCGCACUAAUCGAAGAAAUCACCACAAUCCCUCGCGAUGUACUGACCGGACGGAGGGCCCUGGAGGACGUCAGCGUCGCUUGCAGAAUGUCGUGGGCCUCAUCCCGGAAGACGACGCAUGAGGAGGACCGAGCGUACUCGCUAUUGGGG